UGGUAGAGGUCCUCGCACAGGAGUGUCGACGAAGCUGGCGACCAUAACAGAGGAACCAACCACACCACUCGCGAAAGAGCGCUCCACGACUCUGCACUCCUUUUGGAGCAAACUUCCAAGAAGCGACGAUGGAAAGACGGAGACACUAUCGGCUAGAAGCUUCCCCUUUUUCAACACAGGCAGGAGCAGUGCUAGAAAUGAUACGGAAAUAGUAAACAAAAGGACAACCGCUGUCAAAUGUCCGGUGCGCUCGGUGGUCGAACGGGGCCUGAACGCGGACGGCGGUGAGGAGCAGGACAAAAACAGUUCGGAGGAGGCGAGGAAAAGUGCGAACCUGAAGCAACGAGCGGCGGAAGCUUUUACGCGGGCGAAACGGCAUCCCCUCGUGGAAGAGGAGGAUCUGGUAGAGGCGGAAAAGAAAGAACAUGGAGAAAAAUCUUCAGAGACAAGCAUCGCCGAAGAACGUCUGUUGAACGCAGAGGGCGAGCACCGAUCAAUGCUGCGGGAGAGUGCUGCAGAGGAAGACUUCGAAGAAGAAGAUGAUACAGAUCCAGCAAAUGAAAAAUCAAAGAAAAUUCCUUGGUGGUUGGAGGCGCAACACGAAAAAGAUAAAGCGCAGGAGCGCGCGGUGCGGGAAAAGCACUCGAAGCCAGACCCGCGCGUCGUGCAAGUUGGUGAAGAAGAUCGAGGACGUGCAGUCAGUUCUUCUGCGCAGCCGAGCAGAUCCUCGGCCUCUUCUGCAUCACAGGCAACAGCGGAGUUCCGAGCGACAUCAAGCCGUCCAGCAAUGAAGCACGUGAUGCCCUCGCUGAGAAAGCAGCUGUACUACGGGAUGCAACCUGGGAGAAAAUUGUUUCACCGCAUGGCCAAUGCCAGGAAGAAGUACAAGCUUGCGGGUCGGGACCAUGUAGACAAGAACCUGAAGGAUUAUAGGCAGAAGUCAAGCUCAAGACCUAAAUCAGUGUCGUCAACACCUUCGCCAAAAUCUACUAAACUUCUGUUCGAAGGCGCGCAUCAAAUGGCGGACCCCGCGCAGCUGCAACAGAUGGAGCAGCAGUACCAGCAGCUGGUCGCGUAUGGAGAGAAACAAGUUUGUCACAGUCACUAACUUGCAGGUUUUGCAUUACAAAUUUUCUCAGCAUCACAAACUUUCCUUGUGUUGCAGAAACACUAGGGAAAUCCCUAAUAAAGUUUGGCUGUGAUCAUGCAUUUUUACGCAUGACAAACAAUUUUGUAUUUCAAGAAUGCGCAUGAGUGAUCGUGACGAACUUUUUUUCUUUGAUAUCGCGGAGUUCCAGCAGUUAGAGGCGAUCGUCGUGAACGAACAGGGCGGGCAGCCCACACCAGAGCAGGAGCAGCAAGCAAACAUGCUGAUGCAGCAAGCCGGCGAAAUGGAGCAGCAAAUCGCGCAACUGCAGCAAGAGCUGGGCGGAGCGGGUGGAGGCGGUGCUGGUCCGCCGGCUGGUGGAGGUGGUGACGUGAAUCAGCUGCAACAGCAACUCGCACAGCUCCAGCAGGAGUUCGCGCAACUGGAGCAAAUUGUGCUCAAUGAGCAAGGCGGACAACCAACCCCGAUGCAAGAGGAGAUGGCGAACAAUUUGAUAGCCAUGGGCCAACAGCUGGAGCAGCAGAUCGCAGCGUUGCAAGC